AUGAUCGCAACAAGCUCAUCGAGGACCUCAUCAAGGAAAGCACAAUACUGGUUCCCUGUACUCAUAUUGGCUUUGACAUGCCUCGGGACCGGCUUCCUCGCGGGCGAAUUCAUUCAGGAUCACAAUCUUCUCGCCAGACUGAAUCUCGAUGCUCUGGCGACCAGUCAAUGCACUGCUCCCUCAUUCCGUCGCGAAUGGCGGAGUCUCAGCUCGGAAGAAAAGAUCGCAUACACUGAUGGAGUAAAAUGUAUGCUCUCUCGAGGAUCCAAGCAUGAGCAGAAUGCCUCCGCAGGAAUAUAUCACGAUUUCACCCGGAUUCAUGCAACGCAUGCCAAAGCUGUCCACGGCGCGGCGGCUUUCCUCCCUUGGCAUCGAUAUAUGCUUCAUCUGUUCGAGGCAGAAAUGAGGACGACGUGCGGCUACAAAGGUAGCUUGGUAUACUGGGAUUGGACUCUGGACUGGGAAGCGUUGCAAGAUGCACCCGUCUUCACAGAACAACUAGGCUUCGGUGGAGAUGGCAAUGCAGCAGCGCACGAGUCGGUCGGCGAUGGUAACUGCGUGACAGAUGGAGCGUUCGCAAAUCUCACUCUGUUUUUCCACUCCCUAGGGGAAAAAGAACAUUGUCUGUCCAGAAGCUUUGCUGACGGCAAGAUUCGCGGCCGUAUGGCGGGCGACCAGCUGAGGCCACAAGCGAUUGAGGGUAUCCUACUCCAACCAAACUACGAAUCUUUCCUUGACAGCAUUGUGAAAGGCCCUCACAACCAAAUCCCAAAUGGCAUCGGAGGCGACUUCUUGACGUUCACAGCGCCAAACGACCCAUUAUGGCAUCUACAUCACAGUCAACUCGAUCGUUUGUGGUGGCUAUGGCAACAGGCCACACAUCCUCCGCGACUUGGAAGCUACGGUGGUGCCAAGCGGAAAGGCUCGCUGGACAAAGCGAAUCUGAAAGAUGUCAUAUCCGUUGGCGCUACUCUGGGACCGGAUGUGGAGGUAGCUGACCUCAUGAGUACAAGUUCGAGCUUGCUAUGCUAUCGAUAUCUGUAG